CGAAUUAAAUUGCCACAAUGGCUGCUUUGCGGCAUUCAGUUCAUUGGAAGUUUGCUACAGAGUACGACGAUGAUCUACCUUGGUUUGUGUUUUUUUUAAUUUCCAUGGGUGUUUUAAUCACCGACUCAAAUAUUAUAACACAAACAAGUUUUCGGAAUGAAAAGUACUAUCACACGCCAAGUAGCCUAUCAAGAAAUCAAAUAAUCACAUUGUCAGAUCUGUCAAAUGUCGAUCAUAUGAACGAAGUUUUAGAUAACAUAUGCGUUGUGAGAAUCGUCGGAACACCUGAGCACACGAGAGUAAAAGAUUACAUCAAGAAAUCAAUGAAUGAUCUUAAUUGGACUGUUCAAUCUGACAGCUUUGAAGAUCAGACCCCAACUUUUGGACCUUUACGGUUUGAAAAUAUAGUUGCAAAAUUAAAUCCCAAUGCAAAGAGGUAUUUGGCAUUAGCUUGCCAUUAUGACUCAAAGUAUACUAGAGAAAGGAACUUUGAAGGUGCUACAGACAGUGCAGUACCAUGUGCUCAAAUGAUUAACUUAGCUAAAGUUAUGAAGGAUUAUUUAAAAUCUAUAAAAGACAAUGAUAUUAGUUUAAUGCUUAUAUUUUUUGAUGGUGAAGAGGCUUUUAAAGAGUGGGGUCCAAAAGAUUCUAUUUAUGGUGCAAGGCAUUUAGCUGAUGUUUGGCACAACAAUCAUAUUAAUUAUACCCAAGAAGAAAAUGUCUCUGAAUUAGAUAAAAUUGAUUUACUGGUUUUGUUAGAUUUAAUAGGAGCACCAGAUCCAACAUUUUACAAUUACUUUAGUAACACAGAGAAAUGGUACUCUUUAUUAAUGAGGACUGAAAGUAAAUUAGCUUCCUUAAAGAAGUUUGAAUCUUAUUCUUAUGGACAACCUACACAAACAUACUUUCAACCAUAUUCUGUGGAAGCUUAUAUAGAGGAUGAUCAUAUUCCCUUCUUACGUCGAGAUACUCCUAUUCUUCAUCUAAUACCAUAUCCUUUCCCAAAGGUUUGGCAUAAACAAAGUGAUAAUCGGAAUAACAUUGAUUUAAAAACAACAGAAAAUAUCAAUAAAAUUCUAAGAGUUUUUGUAGCUUCAUAUUUACACAUUAAUAUGUAACGAAUUGAAAAAUAUUUAUAUCGCUAGAGAAAAUUUUAUUUUUAUUAUGACGAUAUUAAAUAACGUUAUAUAAAUAUAAUAUAAAAUGUUAGUUAACAUAUACGAAAAUAACAAUAUUUUAUAAUAAAUUUUAAACAGGAACAAAUGAAUGAAAUUGUUCUAGAGUUAGUUUUCAUAGAUUUAAUAAUUUGUACUAUAAAUGAAUUUUGUACUAUACGCGACUUUUGUAGGAUAAAUUAUUCUUAACGAAUCAAUGUAAUUUGAUGGUACUUAAUGCGUCUACUUAUGUACGAAACGUAUAUAUUACAUAUACACGUGUAAAUUAUGGAACAGAAAGAAGAAUAUAAAUUAUUUUAUCUUAAAUAAAA